AUGAUGGCCCGCGCCGCCCAAUUCCUCCGCCGUCGCACGACCGUUGCGAUCCUUCUUCGACUCGUGGCCGUUGCGCUCCCGGCGGCUUGGCUCGUGAUGGCGACAGUUCAACGCUCCGAGAAAGAGGGAGAUAUGUUUCUGGAGGCCAUGCGGACCUUGUAUCAGCACUGGGAGAGCGCCUAUGGGCUCCAGGCGGAGAAUACAUUCCCCCCUUCCGCCAUCUCGCUUCGCCCGGACGUUCCCCCCGCGCCCCACCUGGAGGACUGUGAGGCGCGCACAGCCUUCCGCCUGUCCACGGAGAAAUGGGGGGAGCGGGGGGAGCCGCCCUACUGGGCUGUUCCCAACCCUGCAUGCGGCAACGUGCCCCAACCCCCCUGGAUCCGAGGCUCCGAUGCUGCCAACCUGGCAGCCACCCGGCAAGCACAAGCUGACAUAUGGGGACAGCAGUUCCCGCCCGGGCAGUGCAAGGGGCGGCGGGUGAUGGUGGUGGAGUGGCUGAGCAUGGGGUGGCACGGGAUAGGGUCGCAGCUGCACGUGAUGGGCGCUGUGCUGAGUGCCGCCUUGCUGCACAACAGGACUCUCGUGCUCGUGCCCGGCACUCUGCCGCAGGCAGACCAUGAGGAAUGCGAGAAGCUGGGCCACCGAGGGUCACUCGAGUGCUACUUCUUCCGAUUCUCGUCCCAGGAGUGUGAGGCGAUCGCUCUCAAGGCGCAUCAGGCCUGGAAGGCUGCUGAGGAGAGGAAGCGACAGGCUGCUGCCGAGGAAGAAAGGAAGAGGGCAGAAAAAGAGAGGGCAGAAAAAGAGAGGGCAGAAAAAGAGAGGGAAGAAAGGGAGAGGGCAGAAAAAGAGAGGGCAGAAAAAGAGAGGGAAGAGGAGAAGGGAGAGAAGGAGGAGGGAGAGAAGGAGAAGGGAGACAAGGAGAGGGGAGAGAAGGAGAAGGGAGAGAAGGAGAAGGAAGCGGAAGGAGGGAAAACUGGAAAGGGUAGUGAGAGGAGGCUGCUGCGCGCAGCAGAUAGCACUGGGGCCGCUGAAAUGGACGGUUCUGAGGAUGCAUCUUUGAGGAGUAUAGAAAGCGUUGGUCAUGUUGGAACUGAUGGUGCUGAUGCUCUUGAGUCGACUCAAAAGAAGAGCCGUGGGAGCACUGAAACGGGUGAUUCUGAGGAUGCAUCUUUGAGGAGUAUAGAAAGCGUUGCUCAUGUUGGAACUGAUGGUGCUGAUAGCACGGAUGGUGAUGAUGGGGAGGAGAGGAGUGCAGGGGGGGGUGUGACGAACGAGGAUGUGACAAACGAGGAUGUGAUUGUAGCGCAGCCGUGUGACAAUGUGGCGUGUGUGGCGUCUGACGCUCUUGUGAUAUUCGCAACGCUGCCGGGGUUUGGUGUGGAUCAAGGCUCGGAGGUCAUAGCACAGCUCAAUGCCACGGCAGCAGAGCUGUGGGGCAAGGCGUAUCUGAGGAGCCCUCUGCCCAACGAGGUGAUGGGGCGUAUGGGAGAGCACACCAAUGAAUUUAAGAAGGCGCACUGGUGGCGAGCCCAAGCAACGCGCUUCAUGCUGCGGUGGCCGUCGGCCUACUUGUGCCACAUCAUCAACCGCGAGCGCCACCACGUGUACGGCAUGCACGUGGCCAGGCAGGUCGUGGCGUCCCGCAUGGACCAAACAAGCCUGCUGGCGGAGUUUGGGAGGAGUGGGAGGGGUUCUGAGGAGGUGAAGAGGGAUGUCGGCAAGAAAAGUGAAGUCCACUCCCGCAUGGACCAACGCAGCCUGCUGGCAGAGUUUGGGAGGAGUGGGAAGGGUUCUGACGAGCGGCAGGUGGUGGCUUCCCGCAUGGACCAACGCAGCCUGCUGGCAGAGCCCUGGGGAAACAGCAAGUUCUCAGAUGAGCGGCAGGAGCUUGGGAGGGUUGGGAGGGGUUCUGAGGAGGAGAAGAGGGAAGCUGGCAAGAGGAGCGCCGAACUUCGAGAGGAUCGGCCGGGGCUCGGGAGGAACGGUGUUGGCGACAAGGCGCAUGAGAUGCGGCUCUUCUCCUUCUAUGCAGUCAUGUUCAUGGCUAACCGCGUGCGGCGGGAGAAUCCCGGCGUGCGAUACGUGUGGCUGAGCACUGAAAUGCAGAGUGUUGUGGAUCAGUCGAGCCGAUUCACAGACUGGACUUUUUUCUACUCCAAGCUUCCGCGACAAGGAGCUGGAACGAGAAUGUCCGAGUACACUGAAAAGUUUGGCCUGGCGCGUACAUGCGGUCGUACCUAA